UACAGAUUCCUGUAAUGGCAAGAUGGCGCCCCGUCAUUGACAUAUUGCGAUUCAGACAAAAACAAGUCGUUUUUUCGCAAUUGUGCGAUAACGUGACUAAAUUCAGUGUUUUUGCGCUUAAUUCCACUUUUUCAUCAUGUAGGACGUGCAAGAAUUAAUUACAGAAACAGUUUUUACCACCUUUGAUAAGUUGUAAUCUGUUGCACUUUUUGCCCAAAAAUGGAAAGUAUCGGCGAUUACGAGUACAAUACUAAGGAUAUAAUAGGCCAUGGGGCCUUUGCCGUGGUUUUCAAGGGCCGGGAGAGGAAGAACCCGUCGAAUACCGUUGCUAUCAAGUGCAUAACUAAGAAAAAUAUAGCGAAACAAAGCUUGUUAGGGAAGGAGAUAAAGAUUUUGCAGGAGCUGACUGAGCUGCACCAUGAGAAUGUUGUGGCUUUGUUUGACUGCAAGGAGUCUCCUAAUAAUGUAUACUUAGUAAUGGAGUACUGUAAAGGCGGCGAUUUGGCCGAUUACCUCGCUGCUAAGGGCACCCUUAGCGAGGACACAAUCCGCCUAUUUCUGAUCCAAUUAGCUGGAGCAAUGAAAGCUCUCUCGGCCAAAGGCAUCGUCCACCGUGACCUCAAACCUCAAAACAUCCUCAUCACUUACGAUGUCCCUAAUCCUCAACCAUCGCAAAUUAAGCUAAAAAUCGCCGACUUUGGUUUUGCCCGAUUUUUACAAGAGGGCGUAAUGGCGGCCACUUUAUGUGGCAGCCCUAUGUACAUGGCCCCCGAAGUGAUUCUGGCCCUUCAAUACGACGCCAAAGCCGAUCUUUGGAGUCUCGGAACGAUCGUUUUUCAGUGUCUGACCGGCAAAGCACCGUUUCAGGCCAAUACACCGCAAGCACUCAAACAAAUUUAUGACACCACCAUGAAUCUAGUCCCCAAGAUCCCGCAUGGGACUAGUCCAGAAUUGACCGAUCUUUUGCUCGGUUUGCUGAAACGUAACGCUAAGGAACGAAUGAAUUUUGACCAGUUUUUCAAUCACAAGUUUUUGAAGAGGGCUGAGACGCCCAAAGCGAGUAGUCCGUUACAAAAUGAUAUGCCGUUACCAAUCGGGACUCCCCCGAAUAUUACAGCCGUACCAUCAAGUAGCCCUCGACCGGUCCGAGGCAACUCGAUUUCGCAACCCGAUCCUCCAGAAUCUCCAAGAUCUACAAGAACGGCUCUUAGUUCGAGUCCUGAAGAUGAUUAUGUUAUAGUGUCGAGAAAUAUCCCGGACCAGUCGACCGAAAGCGUCGAGUUGGAGAAACAGUUCAAGAUGACGACUGUUAGGUCUCCACCUGCACCUUGUGUCCCUGUUGCAAGCCCCGUCCGACCUUCCUUCCUCCCUGUUUCUGAGCCCCUCCCUGUCCCUACCAUGAAAGACGUCUACAAGCAAACAAGCGAAAAAAAAGAUGACCACAGCCCAAUUAAACCGACUGUCAAUAGCAACGUCCCCCGAUCACAACCGAUCAGCAUGAAACGGUCCGAAAAUCGACCGAUUCACAACGAUAUCGAUAUCAGUUCCCUAUCACCACCUUCAGUAAAAUUCGUUAUCGGGACACCACCUGGUGGACGACGACGUUCCACUUCCGGUGGAAGUCUCUGCGAAACGCCGCCACCGACGAAUUUCUGGACGCCGUCACCGGUGGCCAAAACAGCACCGGUUAAUUCACCGUUAAGGCGGUCCGGUACUUCCCCGCCCAUGCAAAGUGGACAGUUGGCACGAAUGCCAAUUUUGAGUAGUCCGAAUUUAAAUAAUGAAAAUAAUAAUCCGAAUAGGUCACCAAAUAUGCCCUAUUGUACAAGGGCGGUCACUUUACCGGAAAUUUCCGAAAUUCGGAAUUAUGCCAUUUUUAACGAUAGUUAUGAACAUCCCAUUACGUUUCUGGCGCCGGAGUUGCCCGAAGAGACGCUUCUUGAGAAGGAACACAACGAAACCUUGGCGAAAAUUAACUACGUGCUGGCCGUGUGCACGUGCAUCCUCGACUUGGCGGCGGUCCGUUCGACGCCAAUCGGCGCCCUUCACGACUCAGUCCAGCUCCAAUCGCAAAUUCAAAACGAGCUGAUGAAAAGAGCCGAACGUUUUGUUCUUUUAGUUCGUGCUUUACAAUUGUUAGGUUCCGGUCUGGCGUUAGCAACGAACCAAAUGAAAUCCGGUCAAUUACGACCGAGCUCAAAAGUAAAAAACGUCAUGUCGAGUCUCAAUAGCAGAUUCCGGUCGACAUUGGCCGAAUGCAAACAAUUGAACAGUCCUGAACUUAUGGCCAAAGUGGCCGAUAUCACAGCCGAUAAACUACUAUACGAUCAUGCCGUGCAAAUUUGUCAAGCGGCCGCCUUGGAUGAACUAUUCGAUAAUCCGCAACAGUGUUUCGAGAGAUAUCAAACGGCGCAAAUUCUUUUGCACAGUUUAUCGCAACAGUUGCCCCAACAAGAUCGGGCAUUGCUUACGAAAUAUAAGGAGGCCGUGGAGAAGCGCCUGUUCAUGCUGCAGCAGCGGGGCUACAUCUAUUCGACGGAUCUCAGUCAAAUAAAUUAAUUCACGUAACUAUAAUUCCAAUAAUUCUUGGCGUAUUCACUGUUAACCAAUCGCUUGAUCUAGUUGCUGUCUUGUACCGACAGUUUAGUUGAAAUAUCGCGUUGCGUCAUUGUUUUUCUUCCACCAUCGCAUACAUGACGAGAUGAGGAGAGUCAGUCGGGUCGUGAUUUAUGAUUUGUGUUUUAAUUGUAUACAAAGUAAUUAAAUAAAAGUAAUUUAUUUGUG